AUGAGGUUAGUGGCCGUGGCGAAUCGGGUCGGGCGGUGGCAGAUGGGCGGCGUCUCUGCAAGGAGUGAAGUCGAGGCCGUGACGGUGGAAUUAACGGCGAGAGGAGUGAAGCCUGGUCCGUGGCGGUGGGAUUGGCGCUUGGCUGCGGCAGGCUAUGAGGAGCAAGCAGAGAAUGAAGGGGACAGACACAGUAGAGCUUCUUUUAAGAAAGCAAACAGUCAUAUUUUAACCUUUAGAGAAAAUAUGUACUUGACUUUUGAAACAGAGGAUCAUUCCCUUUUUCCUCAAGCCAUUGCAGGUAUCUCGAAAGCUCACCAUCAGACUCGUGAUAGCAACAUUUGUCGAACGAAGCCGGAUUUUGCCCGGCCAAAAGCCCGAGAGAUAGGGUACAUGCGCGGGAGUACAAAGGCUCGAAGGACGGUUUUGAUUUUCAUGGAGCUUAUGGAAGACAAAGAUGAGGAAAGUGUUUUCAUGAAUGCCAUUGACAAAGAAAUAAUUAUCAGCAAGUUCCUGCAAGCAGAGCCCGCUUUGUAA